AUGGCACUGUCAGUGCCAGUGGUUGUAUUCUUGCUGAGUGUCAGUGAAGUUAUUAGUCAAUGUCCACCUUCCUCAGGUAUCUACCUGAGGCAUAAUGGAAACUGUUAUACUAAUGGAUCAUAUUUUCCAGAUAAUAUUAUCAGACCAACUCCUCUAGAGUGUGGAUUACCUGGUGCUACUCUUAAUGGUGGACAAUGGGUUGGCCCUGAUGGGAUAGUUCCUUGUGAUGGUGGAAACAUUCAAAAUGUUCAAUGUACUACUGGGUCAGGUGCUAUGCUCAGUGUUCACAUAAAUCCAGAUAAUGGCUUUCUUCAACCACCUGGUGAUGGUUGGUACAAGUGUUGUUUACCCACUGAUUGUUCUGAUCCUAACACUAACAUCAUGUUUGCUAAUAUAUUUAGUAAGAGGAUUCUGUAA